AUGCCAGCUUUUUCUCCCUCCUGGAAGCGGAGGAGCAUUCCAGAAGAUAAGCUAGCCCUCCGACCCACUGAUGCAGCAUCGUACACACCCACCAAAGUGUUCAAGAUCUCCUUGGUGCUGAACGCUGUGGCAGCAACAAGUGAGCUUCCUGAGGGCGACGUCCAGCCAGAACCCAUAAACGAACCUCCUAGUAGAGCCGUCAUCAAGAAAUCCUCUCGUGCUCACCCCCCUGCAACCAUUUCCACUGGCAACCUGCCUACCGAGGAGGGCACCAUCACUGAUCCUGUUGCCAAUCACGCUUCCAAUGCUGUGGCCGGUUCCUCCAAACGCAAGGCUCCCAAGGAUGUCGAUAACAAUGCACGGAAGAAGUCCCAUGCCAGUGAGAAGAACUCACUUGCUAAUGAAGGUGGGAAGAAGUCCCACGGGGGCAAGAAGUCCAUCACUAGUGACUGGGUCAAGAAAUCCUGCACCAGUGAUGGCGGCAAGAAAAAGUCCGUUGUCAUUGGUGCAGCUGAGAAGAAGUCUGACACUUCACAUUCUCGUUACAACAAUGAUGAAGAUUAUGUCCCGGGUAAGGCAUCGACAUCUGGGAAGAGGAAGAACUAA